UAGUUUAAGAAAUUAAAUGUCAAAAGUUACUUGCGUUAAUGUUUUGUCAAUAAAAUUUCAUAUUGUGAUUUGUCAGCUGUGUAGAAAAAAAAUUACAAUUAGAAAUUUGUAGGCACAUUUUGAAGACAAAAUGAUUAGAACGCCGCUAAUUCAAGCAUUAAAGCUCCAAUCUCCGGCGCGGUUAGCAAAUUUAGCGGCAUUGCAAUUGCAUACUUCCGCGAAACAAUUUCAAACACCAGCCAAAGCACCGGAAAAAAUAGAAGUUUUUGUUGAUGACAUCCCUGUGCACGUCGUUCCUGGAACAACUGUUUUGCAAGCUGCUGCAAUGGUAGGGGUUGAAAUUCCUCGUUUCUGUUAUCAUGAACGUUUAGCAGUCGCUGGAAAUUGUCGUAUGUGUUUAGUUGAAGUUGAAAAAAGUCCCAAACCUGUUGCUGCUUGCGCUAUGCCAGUAAUGAAAGGUUGGCGUAUUAAAACAAAUUCUGAAAUGACAAGAAAAGCUAGGGAAGGAGUUAUGGAAUUCUUAUUGAUGAAUCAUCCGUUAGAUUGUCCAAUUUGUGAUCAAGGAGGUGAAUGUGAUUUGCAAGAUCAAGCUAUGGCUUUUGGAUCAGAUAGAUCAAGAUUCACGGACAUUAAUCAUACUGGAAAAAGAGCUGUUGAGGAUAAAGAUAUAGGACCUCUUGUAAAAACAAUAAUGACUAGAUGCAUUCAUUGUACCCGCUGCAUACGAUUUGCUUCUGAAGUAGCUGGGGUUGAUGAUUUCGGAACAACUGGACGUGGAAACGAUAUGCAGGUCGGCACUUAUGUUGAAAAGCUUCUAUUAACAGAAUUAUCCGGAAAUAUUAUAGAUUUGUGCCCAGUUGGAGCUCUUACUAAUAAACCAUAUAGCUUUGUUGCUCGUCCAUGGGAAAUUCGCAAAGUAGAGUCGAUUGAUGUUUUGGAUGCUAUAGGAAGUAAUAUAGUAGUUAGCACGCGUACUGGAGAAGUUUUAAGAAUUUUGCCUCGUGAAAACGAAGAAAUAAAUGAAGAAUGGCUCGCGGAUAAAUCUAGAUUUGCAUGCGACGGACUUAAACGACAGCGCUUAGUUGCUCCAAUGGUUCGUCUACCAAGUGGCGAAUUUCAGGCAGUAGAAUGGGAGGGAGCACUUAUUUCUGUUGCGAAAGCAGUAAAUAAGGCUGGCGAUUCUGUUGGAGUAGUCGCUGGUCAACUGGCUGACGUUGAAGCUAUGGUAGCACUUAAAGAUUUAAUUAACAAGCUUGGUUCAGAAUUAUGCUGCACUGAACACAAAAUUUCUCAGGAUUGUGGUGGAAGUGAUUUAAGAGUUAAUUACAUUGCAAAUUCUUCAAUUGCCGGUUUGGAAGAGGCAGAUGCGGUAUUGCUUGUUGGAACCAACCCAAGAUAUGAAGCACCACUAUUAAAUACAAGAUUGCGUAAAGGCUAUGUACAUAAUGAGGCAAAUAUCGCUCUUAUUGGUCCUAAAAUUGAUUUAUCAUAUAAAUAUGAGCAUCUUGGUGACGAUUCUUCAUUGAUAUCUGAAAUUGCAAGUGGUAAUCAUCCUUUCUCAAAGGCAUUGAAUUCUGCCAAGAAACCGGCUAUUAUUGUCGGUGCAGAUAUCUUAGAACGCCCAGAUGGAAAUGGUAUUCAAAACACUUUGCAAAAAUAUGCUGCUACUUUACAGAAACCGAAUUGGAAUCCCUACAAUGUGCUCCAACGAAAUGCUGGGCAAACUGGUGCAUUAGAUAUUGGUUAUAAAGCAGGAGUAGAUGACAUAAUAGCUAAGAAACCUAAGGUAGUUUUCUUAUUAGGAGCGGAUGAUGAAGUCAUAAAUCGAGAAAAACUUGGUGAUAGUUUUAUUGUUUACAUUGGCCACCACGGUGAUAGGGGGGCAACAUUAGCAAAUGUAAUUUUACCAGGAGCAGCGUAUACUGAAAAACAAGCCACAUAUGUUAACACAGAAGGUAGAGCUCAGCAAACACAAGUUGCUGUUACUCCACCAGGUUUAGCUAGAGAAGACUGGAAAAUUGUGAGAGCUUUGUCAGAAGUUACAGGUACUCCCUUGCCAUAUGAUACUUUGGACGAAAUAAGAAACCGCAUGGAAGAUAUUGCACCCCAUUUGGUACACUAUGGAAAAUUAGAGUCUAAUGAAACAAGUCAAAUGGCUUUGCAAAGCGUCCUUAAAUCAGGAAGUGGAAGAAUUGAGAGUCCAAAGAUUGGAGUUAAGCAAACUGAAUUGACAGAAUAUUUUAUGACCGAUUCAAUUUCCCGUGCAUCUCCUACAAUGGCAAAAUGUAUUACAGCAAUUAAAAAGGAGCAACAAAAAAAGGCAGCGGCAGCAGCCGCUAUAUAAGUGAAUUUUGAUUAAUUUGUAUAAUAGGUCUACAUGUUAAAGUAAUUGUUAUUAGUGCAUAUAAAUUCAAAUUAAACUAAACAGAAAUUCAAAUAACUUAGAAAAAUUGCUAUGCAUAUAUGUAUACAUACAUUAUUCUUUUUUUUGGUACGGAAUUUCGUCUUAUAAGUGGAAUCAAAAUUUUAGAAAUUGAAAAUUGAUUGAAAACAAUCUUUAUUGAUUGACAAAAAGCAAGAAAUAAAAUUGAAAAUAAA